UAUGCGCUCACUCUCCACUGUGCUGGCGCGGAGGAAGGAGCGGACACCUUGCCAAGUCUGCGCUCCGCUGAACGCUACUUCCGCAUCUAUCGUCUUAUCGCCGAAGCCGAUUGCACCUCGUCAGCAAACAUGUCGGACGCUCUUUGCGGGCCCUCGAAUGCCGUUCAGAACCUGGCCAAGCACUCAUCGGUUGACCGGACUCUGCAGCAAGACCGCCUGGUCUCACGACAAUCGCCCUCUCAAAAUUCGAAGCCUUCCAAACUGCUCACACCCAUAGCCUCGCCGGUCCAUCAUGGGCUGCUUCUUCCCUAUCCAGCCUCCACUCCCAACCGCCGCCCUUCCACUUCUCCUGCUCCAUCCGCUUCGUGGACUCAAGAUUUCAAUCGCUUGUCCAUCUCAUCCCCACAACAAUCGCAAUUCCAAGCGGCCCCGCAAGCAUGGCACAAUCACUUUGGCCAACACGCACAACAGUCUGCUGCUCUGCACGCUCCUUCUUCUCAGAUACAACUGCCAUCAGCCCGCUUCCAAUCUCCGCUCGCUUUCAACCACAUGCAUUCCGCUCCACAGUACGCCUCUCGAUCUCAACCCUUCCAGCAACAACAACAGCAGCAACAACACCCACCCCAGGACCAAUUUGAUGAAGCCGCCUUUGAAGCUGCUUUUGAUGCCGCUCUACAGGAUGCUACCCUAGAACAGGACUCUUCCAUGCAAGAACACGAACAGCUUGACUCCUUCGACUUCGACUCGUUCCUUCCGGAUAUAUACCCGCACCUCCCUUUGUUUCGUCUUGCUCUAGCUGAUGCUUUGGUCACUAAUACCGACGAAUCACUCCAUCGAGCCGCUAAGGUUGUUGACCUUCUCAUUCAACACCCUCAGAUCAUGAACCCUGUCCAAGCCAUGCUCUUCCGACCCUUGUUAUCCGCCUUGAAUGAUCCCAAACGCACUUUGUUUUCACAACGAUAUGGCUAUGAGCCCGCUCUGAACCAAAUGUUAGAUGGUCUUGCCCAACAGAGUGAGAAUGUUCGUCUGGAUAUAGAUGCUUCAACUGAGCAACUGCUUGCCUCGUACGCCGAUUUGCUUUGGCAAAGGGCCGAGUCAAAUCAUUUGCAGCCCACAAAUGUUCCCCGUUCUGCCGACAAUGCCUACUGGCUCGAAAACUUCUUCCGAGAGGAGGACUCUAGUUCUGCUCAGAACAUCACCCAACACUCUGCGAGACUUCUGACAGAAAAUUUCAACCGUCAAGUCAUAUCAAACCCUCAAUCCCAAGCUCUAAGCCGAGUACUGGAUAUGGAAUACGAGGUUUAUUCUAAGCGACCCGCCCUCUCAACUUUCUCCACGCAACCGCCAGCAUCUGCUCAGGAACGUGAGGCCGCCUUGUUCAACAUGAUGGAACAUAUUCUAAGUGCACCAGAGACUGUUGAAGCUCUAGAGGGGACGGCUUCAUCAAAAGCAUUAGAAGACUAUAAUCGUCAACUACAUCUCGCAGCAGAGCAAGAGCACGCUGAAAAUUCUGUUACGCAAACUUCANNGGGGGAGCUGCAUACGGCGGAAGAUCUACUUGAAUCGGCAUUCGAGGACGGGCUGUCAGAAGAUUUGAUGAUUGAACAAGAAGAGCGGCGGCGUCAAGAACAGAAAGAAUUGGAUCGGCAAAAUGAUGACGAGUUAGCACAGACUGCAGCCAAUCUGCUCGAGCGUGUGUCCGAUAACCAGACCUCAAAGUUCAAAAACAGUGCCUUCCUUGGGCUCAUGAGGCAGCUUGCUGAUCGUGAAGUCAGAGUCGAAGGAGACAAAAUGGUUCCUGUGAGUAUGGCUAAGCUGCAUCAUAACAAU